UUAGGCAAAGCUACUCUCUCUCUCUCUCUUUUGAAAUAUAUAUAAAAACGAUUUAUAUAUAUGUAUAUAUAUAAGAACGAGUUUUUAAAAAUUUUCUUCUUUUCACAAGUUAAGUAGCAUUCAAUAUAAAAGUGUAACGUAUAACUUGUCAUAGAAAACAAAUUUACAAUGAGAAGAAUCCAUUCGUGGAGAAAAUUGAUUGGGUCGUACGCUCAGUUAUUAAGAAAUAAUUUGCAACGGAACCUAACCUCGGAGCCGGUUGCAAAUGUAGACAAAAAUAAAGAAAAGACAAUACUGGUGAAUCAAAUGGGUAAAGUGACUACAAUCGGUAUCAAUCGUCCAGAGAAGAGAAAUUGCUUAGAUGCUGCAACUGCGCAAUUAUUGUCUGAAACAUUAGAUGAAUUUGAAAAUAAUGAAGAUGCAACAGUAGGAGUGUUAUAUGGAAUAGGAGGCAAUUUCUGUGCUGGUUAUGAUCUUAAGGAAAUUGCAGAUUAUAAUGGAGAAAGUGAAGAAGGCAUACCAGUUUUUGGACCAUUGGCCAAUAAGACUGAAUUAUCCAAGAAACCAUUGGUAGCAGCCUUGAAUGGAUAUGCAGUUGGUGCUGGUUUCGAGCUUGCUUUAAUGUGCGACUUAAGAGUCAUAGAAGAAACUGCAAUGGUGGGAUUUUUGAACAGACGUUUUGGUAUUCCAAUCUUAUCUGGUGGCACUGUUCGUUUACCUGCUCUGAUCGGAUAUUCCAGAGCUAUGGAUCUUAUAUUAACAGGAAGAUUAGCUAGUGCGGAAGAAGCAUUCAAUUGGGGAAUUGCACAUAGAUACACAUCUUGUGGCGCAGCUAUAGGCACUGCAGUAAAUUUGGCAUCUUCUCUUGUGAAAUUUCCACAAAAGUCUUUGCUGGCAGAUCGUGCGUCAAUGCAUUACGCCACGUUCUCAUCAAAACAGUUAGAUGAAGCUCUACAGUUUGAGAAGGAUAAUUCGUCACACUUGUUAUUUGAGGAUGGUGUUCCAGGUGCCAAAAGAUUUAUUGAUGAAAAAAUUGGAAGACACGGGAAAUUUCAUAAUAUUACGGUUCAAGAUAAAAGCAUUAAAGAAUUAGAUAAGAAUUUAUUAUGAAGAAUCUCACACUACAUGACUGUGUAAUUUUAUAUAAAUAUAUAUAUAUAUAUAUAUAUAUUGUAAU